AUGUCAGCCAAGUCCAAGGGGACCCCUUCCUCGUCCUCUCCAGCCGAGGGACAGCCCGCAGCCUCCAAAACCAAGGUGAAGGAACAGAUCAAAAUCAUCGUGGAGGAUCUGGAAUUAGUCCUGGGCGAUCUGAAGGACGUGGCCAAGGAACUUAAGGAGGUGGUUGACCAGAUUGAUACCCUGACCUCUGACCUACAGCUGGAGGAUGAGAUGACUGACAGCUCCAAAACCGACACCCUGAAUAGUAGCUCCAGCGGCACAACAGCUUCCAGCAUAGAGAAGAUCAAACUGCAGACCAAUGCACCUUUCAUUAAACCUCCGGCACACUCAUCUGCUAUCCUCACAGUUCUGAGAAAGCCAAACCCUCCACCACCUCCUCCACGGUUGACACCUGUGAAAUGUGAAAACCCCCAAAGGGUCGUGCCAACUGUCAAUCCUUUAAAGACCAAUGGCACCCUACUACGAAAUGGAGGAUUACCAGGAGGUCCCAACAAAAUUCCAAAUGGGGAUAUCUGCUGCAUACCCAAUAGUAACUUGGACAAGGCUCCAGUGCAGCCUCUGAUGCAUAGACCUGAAAAAGACAGGUGUCCCCAGGCAGGGCCUCGGGAAAGAGUACGGUUUAAUGAAAAAGUGCAGUACCAUGGCUAUUGUCCUGACUGUGAUACCCGGUAUAACAUAAAAAACAGGGAGGUCCACUUACACAGUGAACCUGUCCAUCCACCAGGAAAGAUUCCUCACCAAGGCCUUCACCUUCCUCCACCACCCCAUCUCCCUCCUUUGCCGCUAGAGAAUGGGGGCUUGGGAAUAAGCCACAGUAACAGCUUCCCCCCUCUCAGACCUGCAACAGUGCCUCCUCCCACUGCACCAAAACCACAGAAGACGAUUUUGAGGAAAUCAACCACUACAACAGUGUGA